CUCUUUUGAGAGUGACGCCUGGAGGUCGCUAAGUGUAGACUCUUUAUAAUCUCCAGACGACACCUGAUAAGGAAGUCAUCGCAGUAAGAAUAUUGAACUUUCAGUAGAUAAGGAAUUACAGAACGACUGCACGCAGCGUAUCGACUGUAUACCAGCUAAAUACGUUAUGCUGGUCCUAGUCCUUCUUGGUGCCUUUUCUUUUUCGCCUAGCAUGUCAAUAGAACUGGGUUACUCAAAACAGAGAGCACCAAUCAGUGAGGAUAUGUUCCAUUUGGGGAACAAUAUGGAGAGUCUUUAUCAGACAGUGCGUUUCCUUGUUGACCGAAAUAACGAUUUAGAGUCCAGGAUGAGGAGGUUGGAGAAUCGAAAUAACGAUUUAGAGUCCAGGAUGAGGAGGUUGGAGAAUCAAUAUUUGACAGACGUGAAAAAACUCAACCAAGAUUUUCACGAUAGUUUAAGAAAACAUAAAAAUCGCAUUGCUGUAUUGGAAAAGGGAUUGCGCAAACAGACAGAACUUGCAAUGAAACUAAAGAAAGACAACAGCCAGCUCGAAGUGGUGGGAGAUGGUUUCCCAGAUACAGAGGGGAAAGACACCUAUCCGAUGGAGAAGCGGAACACACAGGAACAACAUUCAAAGAGACUACUAGCAGGAAUUCAACCACAGACGACUUCGAUUAUAGCUUUCUAUGCUUACAUGUCCACCAGUCACAAAGAACAAGGACAGCAUACACUCGUAUUUGACACCGUGAAGUCCAAUGUUGGUCAAGCUUACCAUCCGGGUUCAGGAGUGUUCGCCGUUCCUCAGUCGGGUGUCUAUGUGUUUACGUGGACAGUCAUACAUGAUGGAGCAGCAGAUCUGUCGGUCAUCUUGAUGGUAAAUUCUGCCGCGGUUGGAGCUGCAUACGCUAAUUCAAGAGACGGCGACCAGGUGACUGGCAUGGUUGUUGUGGACGUCAACCAAGGUGACCAUGUUUACGUUCGAACAUACGCCUCCUGGAGUAGUGGGGACAUAAAGAGUGAUUCGUCUGGUCGAUCGUCAUUUGCUGGAUGGAAACUCAAUUAAAAUAUGAGUAAGACCAUGUGAUAUAAUUUUACAGACUUUGUCAAAUCGAUAUAACGUGAAGAAUAUUUCAAAUGAUGGUUUAUACGACACUGAAAUAGCAGACAAAAUUCGUAAUUUUGUUCACAAUUAUCUCAAAAUUAUCAAAUCGUUGAGAUAUUCUAAAUUCAAAUUUAAUCAAUGCAUGACAAGAAUGAUUUCCUUUUCAGUUUUUUUUUAACCUAUAAACUUUUUCCACACUAGGAGUGUUGAAUUGUAGCAAUACAUAUAAUAAAAUUAAGAAAUGUU